AUGCAUAAUAUAUUUCAGCUGCAAGAAAACAAACUGCAACAGCAAAUCAUGGCCAAGUGGAGUUUCUCAAGAAGAUUACUGGAGUUUCACCACGCUCACACAAGAGGUCGUCACCCAAAUGCGUCGUGUGAUCCAGAAAGCAUCGCUAAUGAUUUCAGAACGUGUGGAUGGCAGCACGCAAAAUGUUUUCAUAGUGCACAUGCUUUGGACAGCACCGUUAUGAUUGACUACAUGCGGGAACUUGAUGUCAGACGAAGGGUUGACCCCACUGAUGAGUUCGUCGACACAGUGUCAAAAGAUGUGCACAAGAUAGUUGAAGGUGUGAUUGAAAAGUUAUCAGCUGAGUUUCCAAUUUUCAAGGGACGCCUUUUGAGGAUGGGGAGUUCGCACAAUGGUCUGAAAGUUGGGGCUCCUGAUGAGUAUGACUUUUGCUUAGAGCUGGACUUGGAUAGCUUGCUGAGAGGAGCGGGCAAGUUCGAAGGUCUUGAGCAAGAGAAAGGCAGAUUCAUUCUGUAUCUACAAUUCGAUGGCGAUCCUGGCAACCAUGACAUUGUACACUUCAUAGAGGAAGGAAAUGUUGUCGAGAUGCUAUCACUCAACGGGGCGAAUGAUGCUCCACGCUACAGAAGUGCAGUUGGUAAAAGAGGAGACCGUUUCAUCCUCAAUACCGAAUCGGUCGCCUUUGCUUUUUUCAAUUCUGUUGACAAAGUUUUACGGGAGUACACCCUCCCUUUAAAUUGGCAGUUCGGUGGCUUCAAUCACCCAAAUUUCAGUGGAUUGCGACUGAACAUGCCGGCAUACACAUUACAAUUGGGGUACAAGCGACCUGAUGAUCAAGAUACCCUCAUGAUUUCGGUUGACAUUGCCCCGAUACUUCUGUUUAGUUCAGAUAAUAUAACGGUGUCAGAGCAAGAUGUUGUAAACCAUUACUUAAGGUCUAGUGACUAUGCACAUGACGUGUGGUUCCGACUGGAUUGCGGAACUUACAAAGGUGCAGUUUUAUCGACAGCAGAAGAAACAUGGCUAUCUACAUAUGACUUUGGCUCCAUCGCUAAGACCAGCAUCAGAAUAUGCAAGAUAUUACACAGCAUGAUCCCACUCACACUGCCGAGGUAUAUGCCGCGAUAUUUGGUAACUCAAAUCAUAGACUAUCAGAAGCGGAAGAUGAAUAAAACUGCCACAGAGGAGGAUCUUGAACUUGACUGUGAGUGGUUGAUGAAUAAUUUGAUGUCACUGCACCUGUCAACGGGAAUACCACCUUGGACCGUUCAUCACCUUGAAGAUCCAGCACAGUACAUAACAUUCAGGGAUCUGGGCGAGAAUGUUGGUGGUCAUGAGUAUAUAUCUUCAUAUAUUUACAAGCGCUUGGUGAUGACAUUGAUGGCAUUGGAUGAACACGCUGGACGACACUGGACUGCCGCGGACCUUCCUAACAUCAUUGUCAGUGUGUUCUUAUUCAUCAACGACUUGAUCUUCGCGGCCAAUCAAUCGACCAUGCUUAUAGUACCCGUCCAACUCAGUGAGUCUGAUGAUGGUUCAGAACAAGAAGAAGAAGACGAUAGCUGGACAGAAGGCUCAAAACCCACUGUUGUUAUCGGGCACUUAGACAACAAACCGGACCAAGCAUUUAACUUGGUGAAGCGAUCUGUUCUGGUAAAACAAGCUGGCGAAGCUGCAUUUGCUAAGAAAGACACAGGUGAUCCUCAACAAGAAGAUCUUGAAUCUGAAUCAGAUGAUGGCGCCACUUUCCCUGAACCCCCGAGCAUGUAUGCGAAACUGAAAUCAGCUUUGACCUCCGGGCAGUGUGCAGGAAUAGCGAAACUCUUUUUGAAAGAUGCUUAUAGCAGACAAGGAAGGCAGCCCGGCUUGGAUGAAUACAUUUCGUGCGUCCUGGAGACUAUAGCAUCAAGAGAACUAACCGGUGGCAAAUACGUCCCGAAACACGUCCUCAAUUCGGAAGAGGAUCUAGAAGAGCUGAGGGAUACUAAAAAAUGUCUGGUCAGAAAGUCUGAGGUAAAGCUGGCAUCUGUCGCUGCUUUAUCUAUCUAG